AUGUUACUUGUUGCCACGUGUCAAGAUGCAAAUCUUCAGAUAUAUCCUCUUGCAUUUGGCAUUGUUGAUUCUGAAAAUGAUGCAUCAUGGACUUGGUUCUUCGAUAAGUUGUUUCAUGUAACGGGUAUGUUGGAAGGGCUUGUUUUCAUUUCUGAUCGCAAGGAGAGCAUUGGUAACGCUAUAAAGAUUGUUUAUCCUUAUGCACAUCAUGGAUGUUGCAUGUGGCAUCUACAACUAAAUAUAAAGUCAAAUUAUCAUAAGAUCGAUAUUCUGCCAUUGUUUAUGGCAACUGCGAAGGAGUAUAGUUUGAUUAAUUUUGAAAAAUCAAUGGCAAAUUUAUAUCGUAAGAGUCCGGCAGUUGGACAAUACCUAGAAAAGAAAGUUGGGUAUGAAUUUUGGUCCCGAGCACAUUUCAAAGGAAUCCGUUACAAUAUUAUGACAACUAACAAUGCAGAAUCUUUGAACUCGUUAUUCAAGAAUGCUCGGGAGUUUCCAGUACUUGCUAUGGUUGAACAAAUAAGAAAAACUUUACAGAAAUGGUUUCAUGAGAGACACAUUGAGGCGGAAGAAUGUGCAAGUACUCUAACCCCGCCCAUUGAGGAUAAAAUGCGUAAAAAGUAUAAUGAUGCAAAGGGACUAAUAGUGGUACCAAUAAAUGAGUAUGAGCUGCACGUCAGUGUUGAGAAUGAAAUGUAUACCGUGAACUUGGAGGCAAGAACCUGUAGUUAUAGGGAAUUUGAUUUGGAAAAGCUUCCUUGCAAACAUGCACUUGCAGCAGCGAAAUUUAAGGGAAUAUCUUGUAACAAUUUGUGCUCACCUUAUUAUACCAGUGCUAGUUGGAAACAAGCAUAUGCUGAAUGUAUAUAUCCAGUGGCAAAUGAGGCUGACUGGGAAAUCUCCAAUCAACCAAAGGUGUUACCACCCCUUUUGAAUCGAGGACAAAGUGGACGUCCAAAAAACCGUCGAAUUCCAUCAAGAGGAGAGGGAAAAAGGACUCGUAAAUGUAGUAGGUGUGGCCAGAGGGGCCAUAAUCGUCUGACUUGCAAAAAUGCUCUACACUAG